AUGGCGACGGCGCCCCUGGAGGCUCGCGAGGUGGUCCAGGUGGUUGGGACCCUGGUAACGCUGUGGUGCUUGGCCCUGCUGGCUCUCCACCUCACAGCAGCGCCGGACGCGUCGAACUUCUGGGGGACGUUGCCCUCUGCCUGGGAUCAUCCGGAGCCGAACUAUUUGGUCUCCGCGGCGAUCGGCGAGUUCUGGAGCGUCUUGACCACCAUUCCAGUCGCUGGAGCGUUGCUCUUCUACGAGGGCUGUCGCUUCCAGUAUGGGCGCAAGGUGAUGUUGAUUUACGGCUUGACCUGCUGCAUGUACAGCCUGGCCUGCUCGGCCCACUUGACUCUUCAGAGACACGUCUUUGCCACCACGGUGACCGCUGUGAUGAGCAAUGCCUUGUUGACCUUCGUGAUGUUUAGCCACGUGGUGCACAAGGCCUUGCAAAGCUUGCUCCUCCGUGGGCUUGUGGUGCUGGUCGCCGAAACCCUCUUGGUCACUACGGUCGCAUGCCUGCCGUACAUGAUCAAGAACGGAGGUGUGUGGACGCUCUUUGUGGUGCAAGCUCCAGGGGUCUUCCUGGCAACGGGCUUGGCCAUGUGGAUGGCCUUGAGGUCCACGACAUCGGAGGAGAAGACGACCUAUCGCCUCGUCAGUGGGUCUGGGAUGCUCUUGAGCUCCGCGAUGGUCCUGUCCUUGGUCGAAUGUCUCAUCGGCUUCGAGUGGGGCUUUUGGUCUGGUCUCUGGGGCUUUCCAUAUCUCCACGUGGCGAUUCACCUCUUGGAACAGUUUGGAAUCUACGUCUUUGGUGUCGGUGUGGCGGCGCUGGAGGUGCUCUUGCUGCGGCCGAAGGAGUUUCAACACGUCGAGGUUCGCAGCCUGGGAAAGCUUUCCUACCUCUACUGCGAGCUCAAGUCGACCUCGCCGCUGCUUCCAGCCCAGGAGCCCCCACGUGAGACUGCUCGAGGUGAAGCUGCUGCUCCAGAGGUCGUCAAGUUUGUCAAUGGCCAAGUCGAGGAGCCACGCCGGGCGCUGGCUCCCUUGGAGGUCGAGCGCGCGCGGAAGAUCCACCUGCGGAAGCGCACGCAAAGCCCUGGGGUAGCAGCUUUGCGGCCUGUGCCAAAGUGA